AUCCUUUAGAAAUAUAUAAACCAAGAAAAAAUUUAACUUAUCAAAAAGGCUUAUUAAUUAAUAUAAUUGCAAAAGUAACAUCAAAAUAUUUUGACAUAUUACUUUACUCUUGAUCAUUAAGAUAUUAAUUAUAUUAUCAAUACAUUCCUGAAACAAUAACCAUUUACUUUCUAACCCUAGCCUAUAGUUUUAGAGAAAAUUUCUUUGAAAUACGUACUAUAUACAAACAUUAUCAAAACAGAGUCAUAGAUAAAAUUUCUAAAUAUGUCAAUCUAUAGUGGGUUCGGUACAAGAAAACAAGAACAUGAGUACAAUACUUCAAUUGAGCGCCUCAUUAAUUUAUUGUCUUAAAAAAUAUUAGAACUCCAUUUGAAUUAGGGCAUAGAUGACCAAAAGUUUGUAGUAUCCUUUGGGAAAAUAUAUGGAGCUAUUACAAAAUUAGAGUAAAAUAAAUAUCUCCCUCCUAAAUUUUCUGAAUCUGCUAAUGAACUAGCUAAAAAAUUGGGUUUUUAUUAUGAGUAAAUUUCAAAUGCGAUUGGAAGCAAUUAUUCUACAAUCUAAAUGAACGAGAGGAUUGUGAAGAAUAGUAGUCUACUGAAUUCUAGUAAGCAAACAUUGAGUGUGCAAAAAAAUAUGAAUUAAUAAAAGGCUAGUCCAUAAUUGGCUAUGAGCUAAUCCCCAAGAUUACCAACGAAAAAUAAAAGUAAAUCUGGAAUCAGCUCGCCUAAAAUAUUGAAUAGAUUAGAUGAAGGAUAUAAAACAGAUAAAUAAGAAUCAACAGGAGAUGAGCUAAACCAGACUUUUCCAAUAAAAUAAAAAAAUAGGAAUAGCUUUGAUAAUACUAACAAAAAAUAAGUUUUAAACAAUGAUAAAAAGCAAAGCAACAUAAAUUAAAAUAAUCACGGCAGCUAAAAUAACAUAGUUUCAGUGAGUUAAGUAAUAUAAAAUUAAUAAAUUUAAAUGGCUAGAUAAAAUAGUUCAAAUAAUAAUAAAUCCUCAGUAAUUCCUUCUGUUGUUUUACAACCUAUUCCAUUACAAUAGCUUGACUAAAAUAAAAAAAAUAAUAACGAACUGCUUAUUUAAGUCAAUCUUCUUGAAGAGUCAAACAAGUUUGUUAAUUUGUAUCCUUCAUCAGAUUAAGAUAGCUAGCAAAAUUAUGAAUUAAAUGAUCAUAAGCUUAAGCAAUAAAAUGAUUAAUUUUUAGAUAAAUGGUCUAAACUGUGCUCUAACAUUUAUAAAUACUAAACUGGAGAAUAGCCACAAAUCAAAAAUGAAAGCACAUAAGAAUUAAAUGAAGAAUAAAUUGCAAAUGGGAAUGGAUUAGAUCCUAUAGCAUAAGAAGCAUUAAAUUUUCAAAUUAUUUAAAAGCAAAGAUAAUAAUAUUACUAAUAGCAAAUGAUAAAAAAUUAACAGUUCAUUCAAAGCCAAAUAUUGAAUUAAAAAUUAUUUAAUUAGUAAAUGUAAUAAAAUUUAUAGGGUAAUCAAGAUAAUUUAGCAGUAUCUAGAGUUUCUAGAAAAAAUGCUGUUUCCUAAUCACUUUAAAGAUAUUAAAAAUAAUCUCCAUAAGCAAAAAAUAACAGAUCUACAUCAAUUACCAACCCUACAACAGUUAAAGUCAAUAACAGGUAUAAUUUAGAUAACUCUAAGCUAUUAUCACAAAAAAAAGAAAACUAUAAAAAACUUAACUAAAAUGGCUAGAAUGUACCUCAAUUUACAAAUUUCUCAAAUAACUCUACUUCUAACAAAAAUUCUUCUAGUAAUUUGAGGGUACUUCCAGAUUUAAAUACCUCUUAAAAUCUAGGAAGUUUAAAUUAGAAUAAUAUUUAAAUUUAGUAAAGCUACUAAUUCCACAAUGAGUCCAAUUUUCCAGAGCCUAAAAAGUAACUAAAUAAUGUCAGCGAAGAUCUUCCUUAAUCAUAUCAAAAUAGAUACAAGCAACAAGCAAUUUCAGGAAAAGAGAGCAACUAAGAUAACUUAAAUACUCAAAUAAAUGCUACAAAAAAGCAACAAAUGAUUUUUUAAAAUAGAGAACCAAUAAAUUACAGAAAUUAAAAAACAGAAGGGACAGAAUAAAUACAAUAAAAUAUAUCUCUUCCUUAAACUAAUUAAUCUUAUUCAUUUAGUAAUUCUAAAAAUAUAGUCGUAAAUGGAGGAAAGAAACAAAAAUCACCUUAUAAUUCUAUUUUGGGCUAUCCUAUACAAUAAAAGAAUAAAGCAAGAAGAUUAUCUAAUAUUUAGUUAGAAAAUGAUUAAGAAGAUCCUUUCAGUCUAGAUCAAAGCAUACAAAGAAUAUAUAAAGAAUCAAAGGCAUAUUCGACUCAACAUAAAGAAAAUAAAUAAAUGGCAAAUUUUAAUCUUUCUUAAUCUACAAAAAAUUAGAAUAAGGAAGAUAUUUAAAUACCUCAACUUCAACCUUAAAUUUAACCAAAAAAUGAAAGCGGAUUCUUCAUCACUCCAACACAAUGA